AUGAACUUCUUCUCCAAAAAACCUACGGCCAAAGAGGCUUUAAGGGAAAGCAAGCGAGAAAUGGCGAACGCGACUAGAGGUGUAGAAAGGGAAAUACACACAUUGCAAUUAGAAGAAAAGAAGCUUGUUGCCGAGAUCAAGAGAACUGCUAAAACAGGGAAUGAGGCAGCAACCAAAAUUCUUGCGCGCCAGUUAAUUAGGCUUCGGCAGCAAAUUUCCAACUUACAAGGUAGUCGAGCUCAGAUGAGAGGUAUAGCAACUCACACACAGGCAAUGUCUGCUAACACUUCUGUUGCUGUUGGCAUGGAAGGUGCCAGUAAAGCUAUGGCAGCAAUGAAUAAGCAAAUGGCUCCUACGAAGCAGGCGAAGGUGAUUCAGGAAUUCCAGAAGCAAUCAGCGGAAAUGGAUAUGACUACUGAGAUGAUGUCGGAUGCCAUUGAUGAUGCUUUGGAUAAUGAUGAGGCUGAGGAUGAAACUGAAGAGCUCACGAAUCAGGUGCUGGAUGAAAUUGGUGUGGACAUUGCCUCACAGUUGUCAGCUGCUCCGAAAGGUAAAAUUGCUGGGAAAAACAGCGAGAGUGCCGGCAGUUCGGGUAUUGACGAACUGGAACAGAGAUUGGCCGCCCUCAGAAAUCCAUGA